CACUACUUUUGUUUUUUGGUGCUCUAUUUAUAUCAAGCCCAUUGGCUCACUUUGUGCCUAAGCUCUUUCCACUGCCUAACUGCCUCUGUACUGCACACUCCUUUUCCAAUGGCUGAGUCCGACUCUAAACAACUCUUCGCCGGAAUGCAAGAUUCCGGCAAAUUACAAACAUCUCCCUCUCCCUCCAAUAAACGCAAGAAGCUUUUCUUGGCUCUUUUUUCUACUCUUCUACUCGUUGCCGCCGUCAUCGGCAUCGUCGCCGGAGUAAAUUCUCGUAAGAGCAGCUCCGACGACAUAGACGACACCUCACCAUCACAUACCAUACUAAGAACCUCAUGUAGCAGCACAUUGUACCCUGAUUUAUGCUACUCAGCCAUUACCACAGCCAAUGUGACCCAUAAAGUUUCAUCCCAAAAGGAUGUCAUUGAACUCUCCCUCAACAUCACCACCACAGCCGUCGAACACAACUACUUCACCGUCAAGAAGCUCCUCAAGAGGAAAAACCUCACCAAGCGAGAAAAAACAGCCCUCCACGACUGUCUCGAAACCAUUGACGAGACCCUCGACGAGCUCCAUGACGCCGUCGAGGAUCUCGAAGAGUAUCCAAACAAGAAAUCUCUAAUCCGACACGCAGACGACCUCAAAACCUUGAUAAGCUCCGCCAUAACCAACCAAGAGACUUGCUUAGACGGCUUCUCGCACGACGAAGCCGAUAAGCAUGUACGGGAAGUGUUGCUUGCCGGACAACUGCACGUGGAACACAUGUGCAGCAAUGCAUUGGCCAUGAUCAAGAACAUGACUGAUACUGACAUAGCCGCCGAGAAUAAACUGACGAACAGGAAGCUGAAGGAACAGGAAGAAAGUGAUUGGCCGGCGUGGUUGUCCGCAGCCGACAGGAGGAUUUUGCAGUCGUCGGAUGUGACACCGAACGUGGUGGUGGCUGCAGAUGGAAGCGGUAACUACAAGACGGUAUCGGCAGCGGUGGCCGCUGCUCCGGAUAACAGCAAGACCAGAUACGUGAUCAAAAUCAAAGCAGGAGUUUACAGAGAAAAUGUGGAAGUUGGGAAGAAGAAGAAGAACAUCAUGUUUUUAGGAGAAGGAAGAACUACUACCAUCAUCACUGGAAGCAGAAACGUGGUGGAUGGAAGCACAACCUUUAAAUCUGCUACAGUAGCCGUGGUGGGUGAAAGAUUCCUAGCCAAGGAACUGACAUUCCAAAACACAGCUGGUCCAUCAAAGCACCAAGCCGUGGCACUAAGAGUGGGAGCUGACCUCUCAGCAUUUUACCGUGUGGACGUAUUGGCCUACCAAGACACACUCUACGUCCACUCCAACCGUCAAUUCUUCAUCAACAGUUUCAUCUCCGGCACCGUCGAUUUCAUCUUCGGAAACGCCGCCGUCGUUCUCCAAGACUGCGACAUCCAUGCACGCAAACCCAAUUCCGGCCAGAAAAACAUGGUGACGGCACAAGGCCGUCUCGACCCGAACCAGAACACCGGGAUCGUGAUCCAGAAAUCGAGGAUCGGCGCGACCUCGGAUCUGAAAUCUGUCCAGAGCAAAUUCCCGACUUUCCUGGGGAGACCAUGGAAAGAAUAUUCAAGGACAGUGAUAAUGCAGAGUGCAAUCAGCGACGUGAUUGACCCGGCUGGUUGGCACGAAUGGAGUGGGAAUUUCGCAUUGAGUACGUUGUUUUAUGCAGAGUAUCAGAAUACAGGUGCUGGAGCAGGGACUUCGAAGAGGGUGAAUUGGAAGGGUUACAAGGUCAUUACAAGUGCCACUGAGGCUCAAGGCUUUACACCUGGAACAUUCAUUGCUGGUAGUAGUUGGUUGGGUUCUACUGGAUUUCCAUUUUCUCUUGGUUUGUAAAUUGCUUAUUGCAUAUUUGAUCGAGCAUAGUAUGCAUGUCUACGGCGAUUUCCUAAUUAUGUAUUAAGUGUUUGUUUGUAGCAUUAUUUGAAUGAAUGAGAGUGUAAUCUUGUGCUGUCAUCACUUUAGCUGGUACAAAAAAUCACUUACCCCUCUAUCCAAUUGUUAAGAGUAUUUAUAGCAAGAGUUUUCAUUUUUGUUUA